AAUUAGGCGUAUCAAUAACUCAUCCUUCACCUUCGCCUGUAGCGAAGGUGAAGGAUGAGGCCCCUUGGCCCAGACCUGUUGAUCACACACAGGCCGCCCCUCGUCACCCUGCUGGCCCAGAGAGGCGAGAUUCCGGUCCUGCCACAGCCAAGGCUCGUCACGUAGCACGGUGAAAUAUAAGCUCGUGUUCACACAUUCAUAAGAAGAAAAAAACGACGAAAGCAACUCCCAGGAAUCAGAUCUGAAGUGGUAAAGAGACUUGAGCCACCCGCGUCCAGCCAGCCAGGUGCCGCCUCCCCCGAUUUCCCCAUUUGCUCGUGACGUCAGCCCGACCUCUCGUCCUCGCCUGGUCUCGCUACCGUGAGGUAUAGACCUACCAGGGCAAGGUUCAACGCCCUAUAGGCCUAUGUGUACCCGGCGACAGGCAGACUCAGGCGUUAUCUACGUGGCUGAAUCAUGGAACAGAGUGUCGGCAUCUUUGUUCCCGUCCGCUGCGAGGAGUCACCAGGGAAAACGGUAACGCGCCUGCUCGGUGGGCGGACCAGCGGGCCAGCUGAUGGCAGGGAGGCAGCAGACGACGUGAGGUGAGCCGCGUCCGCCGCCACAAAACACCACGGCCGCCGCUGCCUUGCCUCAGUCUUGCCCCACCGCUCGUCACUGCUCGCCCUUUCUCUUGUGAUCACUUCGUGCAAGCAGCCAUGGCCACGACCGCUGCCACCACUGCCGUCUACAGUCAGGUGUUUAAGAAAAAGUUGGCUGACGCUCUGCGAGUCGGGACUGGGGGCGGCCUCUGCUUCUGUGGCAUCAACGUUUACUUCAAGAAUGACAAAUUCUACGACGACUGGGUGAUGCCUCUGUUCGGACGCCUCGAGCCGGAGACGGCGUAUGCGGUAGCCCAGAAGGCGGCCAAGUACAACCUGGUGUCCAAGGAAAAGCUGCAGGAAUCCAGAUUACUGGUGAGUACUCAGCCGCUGGCCGAGGGCGCCUUGGAUCACGAGAAGACUCCCCUGCAGGAGGAGGAGGAAUCGAGUGUGACGUUCAAGUGUGUGGAGCUAACGAGCUCCGAGGAGGACCUGAUGGGUGCUCACACUGAUACGGACCGACCGAGCGGCGUCACGUGCGAAUCGCUCUCGCCUUCUAAAGCUUACGAUUCUGAGUUUGAGGUGGAUGAGUCGUGCCUUGAGAUCUGCAUAGAGGACGAGGGCGGUUCGCUGCUCCGUGAGUCAGGCAUCUGCGAGGAGUGCCGGGCGUGUCCCCCACACGGCGGCGGGGAGCCAUGCUGUGGCACCCAUGGCGGGGGAAGGGUCACCUCCCGCCGGUACCUGAGCGAGUCAGGUUAUCCUAGUAGUGACCUCUCCUGCUGCGGGUCACCGCGUGCCGAGAGGAACUGUGUCACGCCGGACUCGCCCUCGCUGAGCAUGCGUGUGAACAUAGCGUCUCCACUACGCAGCAGCAAGAUGUCCCUCGCCACCAUGAUAGACGGCACCAAUCCUGUGUACGACAGGGACCACCUGGACGAGGAGGACGAGCUGGCACUGGUGGACGAGGAGGAAGCGUGCGAGGAGCAGCAGCUCAAACAGGAGCACAGGGAACAAGAAGAGGAGGAAGAGGAAGAAGAAGAGGAAGAUAGGGAAGAAGAACUAAGAACACGAGACGCUCUCCUCCCUCCCGAUUACGAGGCUCCCUGUGGCUUCUUGGGAGGCUCGGCGGUGGCGAUGGCUCGGCACGACCAGCUGGUCCUGGCCACCAGCUAGGCACCGCGACACACCCUUUGUUACUCACACACUUGCUGGCGUGCAUCUUGACAUAUCACACCACCUAAUACCUUCAUUUUAAUGUCAGGACCAUUCAUGUUUUUCAUUUUUUCUCGCAUUUUUUUAUAUACGCGUUUGGAAGCGUCCCGGGAGGCGUGCAGGGUGCCCAUGGCCAAGACACAGGGCGCAGAGAGGAGCACAGACUCACGAGAGUAGAAGUGUACAUAGAAAGUAGCUGCGACUCAGUAUUAGGUAGAGGUUGAUCCGCUGUGGUGUAGAGUAACUUGUGUACGUACACUAGACAGGCCUUAGUGGUGUGUGUGUGUGAGAGAGAGAGAGAGAGAGAGAGAGAGAGAGAGAGAGAGAGAGAGAGAGAGAGAGAGAGAGAGAGAGAGAGAGAGAGAGAGAGAGAGA